GGUGGUGUGCUGUGGGCAAGAGAGACGGAUUUGUAAACCCCAGAGCGAGGUUCUGCCAGCCCGAGGCCGCUGCUGUGCGGAGACCCGGGGUAAAGCCGCCGCCACCAUGUCUGAUCAGGAGGCAAAACCUUCAACUGAGGACUUGGGCGAUAAGAAGGAAGGAGAAUACAUUAAACUCAAAGUUAUUGGACAGGAUAGCAGUGAGAUUCACUUCAAAGUGAAAAUGACGACAAAUCUCAAGAAACUCCAAGAAUCGUACUGUCAAAGACAGGGAGUUCCAAUGAAUUCACUCAGGUUUCUCUUUGAAGGUCAGAGAAUUGCUGAUAAUCACACUCCAAAAGAACUGGGAAUGGAGGAAGAUGUGAUUGAAGUUAAUCGGGAACAAACGGGGGUCAUUCAAAGAAAGCAACUUUAA